CCUGCGCGCCCGCCCCCGCCGCUGGACGCCGAGGCAUGAAGAGGAGCGUCCCCGGCGGGCGGGCUGAGGCGGCUUCGGGCCCUGUGCGGCUGCGGACCGGCCGCCCCAUGCGGGCUCCGUCCCCCGCGGCCGCUCGCCGCCGCUGCCGCCCGCUCCGGGAUGGAGGCGCAGGGUAGCCGCCGGCGGCAGCUCCCGGUCCUGCUGCUCUGGGUUAAUGGUCUGAUGACGCUUGGAUUUGCAGGUGCACGUCAACAGACUGAGCUGUGCAAUGAAUCUCUCAUGUUAGAAAAGUUGCCUGCCUGUGGAAAAUCCUUUGAAGAGAUGAUGAAGAAAGUGGACUCAAAAAAGUGGUGCAACCUGACAGAAUUUAUCAUGUAUUAUGACAACUUUACCCAGUGCACAGAACGUGAAGCCAACAAUGCAAGUUGCUUUUGGCCAAACCCCCUUGCAGAAGGCUUUAUCACUGGAAUUCAUAAACAAUUCUUUUCAAACUGUACUUCAGAAAAGGUUCACUGGGAAGAUCCGCCGGAUGAAAUUCUCAUAACACUGAUCUUGAUCCCAGUCAUGUUGACAUGUGCCAUGAUAACACUGGUAGUAUGGUGCAGCAAGAGAAGUGAUAUCCUGGUGUAAGUUCUUCCUCUGGGCUUUCUUUUUCUUCAUUUCUUUCUUCCCUAAACACUAAGAAAGGAGGACAGAGAGAGGAACGUGGCAUAAAGAUUUCAGAUCUGCUGAAAUGGAACCAGUGAGAUACUGAGAUGCUCCUGUGGAUGAAGAGCUGCCUGCUGCUGCUACAAGUCACUGCUUCUGUCUUGACCAUGAGCCUUGCUGGUGGAAAACGGUACUUUCAGUGAGCCUCAUCAGCAUGGAAUUCACAGGCAACUCCCAGAAAAAAUGAGUUCCCAUGCAAAUGGACCCCUUGUCUGCAAAAGGGAUAAAGUAACUUUCCUGUGGGUAAAGGUGGUUGGUAAAGUUUUGCAAAGCUGUGGUAAUAUUGUGGGUAAUAUUGACUGUGGGGGAAGUGAUAUCUCUUGAGGUUUUCUGCAGGACAUUCAAGGCUUUCAUCUGUUAACCCUGUGACUUGGAGAGAUCACUGGCAAAGAAACUGAUUAUGUAUGUAACCAGAUGGCAGCUUUUCCUAGAAGCUAAUCAAAAUCAUCAUUAUCAAAACUGGGAAGUAUUUUUCUGGCAAAGAAGCAAUUUGUGUAUCCAAUGUCUAUUUGUACAGGGGAAUUAUCAUGCCACAUUAUAAAAUAGUUUAUAAAAUUCCUUUAAGCAUUGCUGCUUGGAAUUGUAUGUCUUACAAACAAGCUCUGGGAGGAUGUACAGGUCUUACUUUACAGAGCUGGAAAAUGUGAGAGGAAAUUGAUUGAUUAUAAAUAUACUAUGGAGUAAUGAAGAAACUUUUCAUAUGCCAGACUCUUUAUUUUUCCUCUUUUAUAAUUACUAUUCUUGAUGACUUGUGUUCACUGCAUAUUCUCCACUCUCACUUCGAUUUGUGCAAGUGAUAUCCUACAAAUAAAUAUAAAGGUGUCAUGUUGAUUGAGGUGCCUUUCAGAGUAUUGUACAUAAAUAGUUCUUUGUCCUGUGAAGAGUGUGGGAACUAAAGUAUGAACGUCAAAACUUGGAAUAGAAGUAAGGAAGAAGAAGUAAGAGGAAAGAGAAAAAAUUCAACUCAGAAGUCUUACUCUAUAAAGUUAUGUAAUGGUUGAAAUAAAGAUCAUAUGCUCAAAACAAAAGAACUUCUCUGUGUUGCAAACCUUCCUUUCACAACAUGUAUUUCAGUCCAGUGCUCUUCUAUGACAAGUGUGCAAUGUCUGUUACAAGUGACUUUUUAUUUUAUCAUACCUUAUGCACACAAAUAAAAUACAGUUGAAUGGACAAGUAAUUGUGUUUUAUAUAUUUUAUA